AUGCCUCACGCGACAGCCGCAACGUCGACCGAGGACUUCAUCGCUGCUUUCAAGAAGCCGCUCAUGAUGCCUGUCUUGUCGUCACCUCCACGAUUGCGGCUAACCUGGGUGGCCAGAGCGCGGGCGGGGGAGCUGGACGACUCAGAGCUUGUCCCCAAGAGGAGCGCUAGGCUUGCCGCCAAGAGCAGGCACAGGGAACAGAAGCCGGAGGCUCAGGCGCGAAGGGUGAUGAUGAAAUGCCUCGGGUUCAAGGUGGAGACUGAGCUGCCUGACGAAGCCUCCUUUGAGGAAUUCCAGACCGCCUUCAAACUCCCCCUGUUGACGUCGACGCGGGAAGCCAUGCAUGUCAUCUUCCCAGGCAGGAACCUGCGGGCCUAG